AUGUUGCCGACGUUAGCAGCAGUGCCGGCAGUGACAAUGCAACAGCAACACGCAGACUUAUCGCUAGAGCCACAGCAGCAGCAACAGGAACAUGUUCACAUGCACGAACAACAGCAGCUUGGCAUGGAGCAUCACCAUCUUCACCACCAGCAGCCGCAGCAUCACCACUAUGCACAGCUGGAAGCGCAUUACCAACAGCAACCACCACCGCCGCAGCCACACUACCAUGUGCCGCCAUUCCAUUACCAUUGGAGCAAGCAGCAGCCGCCGCUACAGUCGCCAACACAUCCUCAACCACAUCAGCCGGAAGAUGCACACUAA